AUGCUGACUCCAAAGUCGGCGCACUCAACCCCCAAGUGGGUCAUCCUUGUCGUCUUCUGCCUCGCACAAUUCAUCGAUGUCGCAAACCUCUCCGCCGUCAACAUCUCCCUCCCCACCAUCAAGGCCGAGCUCAACUUUUCCGAGAGUCAGCUCCCCUGGAUCAUCAACGCCUUCACCUUGACUUUUGGUACCUUCCUCUUGAUCGGAGGCAAGCUCGGCGACAAGUAUGGUCACAAGUUGUUCUUCCUUAUCGGACUUGUGUGGUUCUCGAUCUGGUCCCUCGUCUGUGGACUCAGCAACAGUGUUAUCGUCCUCUGCAUCGCCCGUGCCAUGCAGGGUCUCGGCGCUGCUGCAACCAUCCCCAACGCCCUCGCCCUGAUCCAAUUUACCUACAUCGAAGAGGUUGAAAAGUCUAGAGCCCUCUCCGUCUUCUCCAGCAGCGGUGCCCUUGGAUUUGGUAUCGGCCUCGUCCUGGGGGGUGUCUUUACCGCCACCAUCGGCUGGAAGUACAUUUUCUACAUCUCGACCAUUAUGGGUUUGCUGGUUGCCAUCAUCGCCUACUUUGUCAUCCCAGAAUCGAGUGCCGAGUACCGCGCCAACGUUAAACUGGAUCUCGCUGGAGCCAUUACUAUCACAGCUGCCCUGCUCGCUAUCGUCUACGGCAUCUCAGAUGGAAACUGGAAGUCGGUCCAGGUCAUUGUCUGCCUCAUCCUCGGAGUCUUGCUCCUGGGUCUCUUUGUCUGGAUUGAAAAGAAGGUCGAGUCGCCCAUGCUUCCCUUGACCAUCUUCCGCACGCGCAUGUUCACCGCCAUGUUGAUUAUCGGCGCUCUCUACCAGACAUGGUACCUUGUCUACAAUCUCUACUGCACCCUCAUAUUCCAGGAAGUCAUGGGUUACGGAGCCUUGAACACUGCCUAUGCUUUCUUCCCCUUGGCAUUCCCAGGACUUGUCUUGAAUCCUCUUGCCGGAUACUUGAUCCCCAAAGUGGGUGCCAAGCCCCUGUUGGUGAUUGGAACAGGAUGCAUGGCAGUUUCAGCUGCUCUGUUUGCCAUUGCUGAUGCUGAUACUAAUUACUGGUCCCUGCCCUUCCCCUCGAUGUGCAUCGGCGAGAUUGGUAUUGCAAUGACCUACACCUCCGCCAUGGUCGCCGCCCUGACCAUGGCCAAAUCUGGCGAACACGGCCUCAACAGCGCGGUUUUCUCGGUUGCAAUGCAAGCAGGAUCAGGAGUCGGGUUGGCGAUUACGAACGCCAUCUCGGGGGCUGUGAUUCACAAGACAGGAUCGAGCUUGAAGGGAUACCAGGUCGGCCUCUGGAUCGGAUUCGCUGUGACCUUGCUCUGUGUCGGUAUCACCUUGGUUUUUGUCCCUUCCAAGGCUACACUCGACAAGAAGAAGCUGGCCAGAGCUGAGAAGGAGGCGGAGGCUGGCAACAUCACAUCGGAGAGCAGUCAGAUCGAUUAUGAUGGAAUCAAGGGCAGUGACGAUGCGCCCGAGGAGGAGAAGAAGUAG